AUGUCGGUCGUACCGGAUGACAAGAAGCUGAGGACCGACGCCCGAACCUUAAAGACCUUCAUUAAAGGCAUCUUCGACUGCGUGUUAAUCACGAUUCUCACGUGCUCGUUAUUCGUUACGGUGAUAACAGCUGUCGAACAUGACUCACUGUUGGACGAAUUCGUGCCUAUCAUUGUCGGGGCGGUCCUCUUUCCCCUCACGCUCUACAUAUUCCAGGUCAUCCAGACGGUCGUUAAGACCAUCAAAGACAGCCUUGUGCUGCGGAGACGGCAGGUCGACGGGCUGGCGCACAUCGACACUUCGGUGGGCCGCUUCAACGAGGAGCAGCCUGGAAGGUACCGUCACACCCCCAAGAGCAUCGCAAUCUUAGCUUUGAAAAAGGCCAAGGUCUGGUAUUCUUACGCCAAGCUGUCGCUGACGUUUAUGAUGCACAACUCCUACAUCACGCUGCUCUUCUGGGAUUCCCUCAAGCUCACGCUAUGGCUGAUGACGCUGACCUACUGGCGGAGGAGCAAACAUACGGAUGAGUGGGACUUCUCCCGCACGCCACAGUCAAUAUACAGGCUCCACUACGGUUCGCUUUCACUGACUAACACGGAGCUGUGCCUGUUCAUCCUCGGCACAACUGACAUAAAAGAUGUACUGUGCUCGUCUCUGUUCUGGAUAAACAUUUGUAUACUACCUCCCAUGACCCUGUUCAUGAAACUACUGUUCUUCCACCAUCUCACCUUCUUCAAAAUCUAUUGGAUGUUGGGAUUCCUGAUAUGGCUAAAAUACUUCCUGCUUCUGGAUAGGCUGAUAAACAUCUUCAACGUCGGCAUUGAACGCAGGGCCCAUCGUGUCUGGAAGAUCGCACUGGGCAUCUUCCUCAUGGCGAGUGCAUUCGCCAGUUCUAUGUAUGUGCUUCAGGGUAUACACCCCUUAGAGGCGAAUGAUAAUGCAUAUUCGUAUUCUUUGGCGCAGUAUGCCGAAUUCUUCUACUUCGCCUUCAUCACCUUUGCAACCGUCGGCUACGGUGAUGUGGUUCCAAUGACCACCGAAACCAAGAUGGUGUCGGUUUGCUUUGUCUCCUGUAUGAUUGUGUGGAUCCCAUACGAAAUGAACAACUUCAUUCAAGGCGUGGGGAGCACCAACCGGAUCAGUGGUCACAUCUCCUCCUGGGGUCCUAUGGAAGCCUUCAUAAUUCUUAUUGGUGAUGUCGACCCCAUCCAGCUCUCACUGUUCAUUUCCAAGGUCUACUAUGCCGGGUUGAAGCUCAAAAUCAUCGUGCUCUCAAACUUGAGCAUCGAGACUUACGAAACACAAAUAAACCAGGCCAAGCUAUUGCGACUGUCGCUAUGUAUUAUAAGGGACGACAUCGGCCUUGACGGCAAUGUCGACAUCCUCCACACUAUUAAAGCCAAGGACGCUGCCGCGACGUUCGUGCUCUCCACGUUCAAGAACCCAGAUGCGCGCAAGACAGAUAUGAACACCGUGGCACGGCUAAUCAGCCUCAAGAAAUUUGGGCUGAGUAGCGACAAUGUGGUUGCGCAGUUCUGCUCUUCGAUCGGACCUCAAAUUUCGCUACAGGCGUUCGGGCGUAGCAUGAACCUGUACAGGUUCAAAACGGCACUCAUCGCAAAAAAUAUCACGUGCCCAGGAAUCAUCACGCUGGUGAUAAACCUAUCGCUAACGCACAACGCCGUCAUGCCACAGGACAGGAAACAGCAGCAGGAGUGCAGGGGCAGCAGCGACCUGUAUACGCACUACCUCAUUGGCAUCGGGAAGCGACUGCGCAUCUGUGAGAUCCCAGAAAGACUUGUUGGAGUGAGCUUCGAGACACUUUGUUUGAACCUAUACAAUCGUCAUGGGUACAUAACGAUUGGUAUCAUGCAAGUCGACAGCGCUUACCACACGUACCUUCUGAACCCGGCAAGCCACGAUUACGUCAUCAACCAGGGAGACAGGGCUAUUCUGAUUGCUGACUCUACAUCCACCGCGUCGGUGGAGACGGACUUUGUUGCGGCGGGGAGGCACUCUUCCUCGGUUGCCCUGAGGAAUACCAUGAUCACCAUGUUUUUGGAGAAGUGGGGAAAUGUGGUCCACGUGGAGAAAGAUGAUAACGAUGAUCUGGAUGGCAGUAUCGGCAUGCCGCCCCCACCACUGUACACGUCGGCUGAAAGCAAGUUCAUAUCGGAGAGGGAGAAUCUCAUGGACCACGUGCCCGAUGUGAACUCCAUCAUCGUCACGUCAAUCACGUUCGCCAGCAGAUACGUCUACGAUAACCCGACGAGGCCUAUCAUCGCCAUCAUCGGUUACUCCGAAUUCGUCAUCCAUCUGCUGCUGUACUUCGAGGAGCUAAACGAAUUUAACGUGGUGUUGUUUGGAAGGGAGAUUUCGUCGAAGGCCAAUAUCGCCAUAUUACAGCGGUUCAGGAGCUUCCUCGCCCUAAUCGACGGUGACCCUCUGAAGAAAGGGGACGUCAACAGGGCUGAACUUGACCGAGCGUGCUAUCUAUACGUGCUACGCAGUCCCGAACUCGAAGAACCGGGAAUAUCGGAUGUCGAUCUCGACCUUCAGACGAUAGUGACUUACCGGCACCUGAAGAACAUCAUUCAGAGCAACUUGAGCGAGAAGAACGCGGUAAACAACCCGUACUCGAACAUCUUCAGCCUGGUGGAGCUGCACAACGCAUCUAAUGUGUCAUACCUCGACGACAGCAAGUGGUCGGCGUGGAACGUGCUCGACAAGCGGCUGGACCCGUCGCUGGCGUACAUCCACUCCUUGGAGUACUCGAUGGGGCAGUUCAUCAGUGACGAGAUGCUGUACAGCCUCUGCAUGAACACGAUGCUAGUGCACGAGGAUUUCUCCAUCUAUCGCAUACUGAUGGAUUUGGCGUGUGUUCGCGAUUCCUCGCACAACUUCGUAAGUUUAUUCGCUUCCGGAGGCAUUGCGACUCAGAAAGGACUGAUGUUGAUACCUACUACGGACAUUACGCUGGAUUCCAACAAGCGGACAUUCGGCCACCUGUUCAACUACCUCUUCGAAAAGCGGAACAUGGUAAUGAUCGGGAUCUAUAGGGUGUAA